UGGUACACAAGAUUAUUUUCAGGCAAUUUGCAAAUUGUCGCUCGCGCUCCUGAUUACUGCAACUGUGUGAACGGUAGUAGGGAUUCUAUCGAUCCCGCGCCGGGCAUUCCUCGUCAUCCUUGCCGUCCUCGUUUUCCCGAUUCAGCCUCACAUUAUCUCGCGCACCGCUGCCAGUCGACGGACAGUGAUGUUGGUGACUAUAUGUGCCAUCGGUAUCGUUAACAGUCGGCAACGACAAGUCUACGAUUUAUUUGCCUUGCCACAUUCGACAAAUAGUUCUUCAAAGGCCACAAUUCUGUGAGCAGUGGUAAACGCACCUGUCCCACGAGCAGCGCAUGCUGGUAGAAAUUCCGUCGCAAUCAACAAGUAUCGAAAAAGCAAACACUUCCGAGUCAACAGAAGCAUCUACAGUAGCAAUUAUGAGCGAAGCGAUUCCGGCUCGAGGGAACCUUUUCGGUCGGUUCAUCUCAGCGCGAUAUCUGUUGGCUGUCCUUGGUUCCCUCGGCAUGGCCAUCGUUUAUGGACUCAAAGUGAACCUGAGCGUUGCCAUCAUCAGCAUGCUCAACCAUACUGCGCUCUCCUACGAAAACCGUCGGCACACCCCCGCUGAUAAGAAUGACGACACUUGCUAUGCCGGAGAUGGCGGAAACAUUACUGACAGGCACGAAGAUGGACCCUUUACAUGGCCCGGAACUAUGCAGGGUACCAUGCUGAGUUCCUACUUUUGGGGGUACAUCUUAGCGCAGAUUCCAGGUGGUAGAAUCGCGGAAUUGUUCAGCGCCAAAUGGGUGAUGUUUUUUGCUGUGGCGAUCAACAUUGCCUGCACAGUCCUCACUCCUUUGGCGGCAAAGUUACAUUUUGCUGCCAUGCUGGUGAUGCGUAUCUGCGAGGGCAUUGGCGGUGGCGUAACCUUUCCUGCCAUGCACGUCUUGCUGGCACACUGGUCACCACCGGGAGAACGCAGUGUAAUGAUCAGUAUUGUCUACGCUGGCACCGCCCUGGGUACUGUAGUAAGUAUGAUUUCCACGGGGGUCCUCGCAGGGACCUUGGGAUGGGAGAGUGUCUUCUAUGUAAUGGGCAGUGCAAGUGGCGUCUGGCUAGUUUUAUGGGGCCUCCUCAUUGCGGACACCCCAGAUAAGCAAGUUUACAUUGAUGAGGACGAACGAUUGUUUCUUGUAGGCUCUUUGGGCAAGGAGACCAAAAACUCUAAGAAGAUGAAAGUCCCGUGGAAGUCUGUUUUUACUUCAGCUCCCUUUCUAGCGAUUUUUGUUGCACAUACCUGCAACAACUGGGGAUGGUAUGUCGUCCUCAUAGAGUUGCCCACCUAUCUAAAAAGCGUACAAAAAUUCCAAAUAACUUCUAACGCUAUCAUUACUGCGGUGCCGUUUUUCCUCAUGUGGGUCUACAGCCUGAUUCUUAGCCGCACCCUGGACAACCUUCGUUCUCGGAAAAUCAUUGAUACGACUUGCGCUCGCAAAUCCGCAACGUUCAUCUCGAGUUUCAUCCCGAUGCUGUGCUUCAUGGCAAUGAUUUACAUUGGUUGCAUGAAAUACGUUGCCGUUAUUUUAAUGACCAUUACGGUGACUGUAAUCGGCGGUAUGUUCAGCGGUUUUCUUUCGAAUCAUAUCGACAUCGCACCGAAUUUUGCCGGCACUCUGAUGGCGUUAACAAAUACAGCUGCGACCAUUCCUGGUAUCAUUGUGCCUCUCUUUGUAGGCGAGCUUACACAAAAGGACCCGUCACUGCGCUCCUGGCGAAUCAUUUUUUGGACGACUAUCGUAUUGUACUUGAUUGAAAUUUUUGUAUACGUGAUGUUCGCCAGUGGGGAGGAGCAACCGUGGAAUCGCGCUGACUACAACGAUAUUAUCGAAGCGCAGCCCUUGAAUUCUCCGAGCAUCGAACCCCCCGGCGAUUAUAAAUCUACGCGUGACGAAGAAGACGACAAUCAGAAGGCGGCUGACGCAAAUAAUGCUGGAAAAUAAAGUUAUAACGCCGUGAAAAUGAAAUGAUUGGGAUUGGAAAUGCAAAUCUUUAUCGUUUCACGAUUUACUUCACAGAGGAAUACACAAACGUCGGCUGACGUCUGCGGCUAUAUUACAACGUUUAUAAUUUCAUCGCAUUGAUAAUCGUCUAUUUUCGGAAAUUAUCUUGACGGUCUACGUUGUAGAUGUAUUCAUGUGGAAUUGCCAACUACACAUUUUAAAUGUCUAAAUAAUCUAUAUUUUGCUAAUAAUCAUCUAUGUCUCAAUUUUAUCUGCUCAUGUUCAAGCAAAGACAUAAGCACAAUACAACAAAAAGACUGGCAAAAAAACUGAAAGGUAAAGAAAAAUAUCUAAAGUCAUUUUCAAGACUCGUGAUUCACACACAUUCUGACAAUGUUAUAGUUGAAGGUAUAUCUGUUUCUCGAUUACGUUAAAAAUGAAUUUUCUUCCUCUUGGGAAAGCGUGCUGGGCCCAAGGAAAUCUUCACUUACACUUUCUAAAGAUUCAACGUGAUGUAUGUACUCUUAAAACAAUAAUCAUAAUCGAUAACCAUACUCUUGGCCAGAAACAAGAACAACUAUAUGAUCAACUGAUCGAAUUAUCUCAUUAUAAAUAUUUCAGAAUACAUAUAUUAUAUAUUUAUUGAUGUUUUAUAAAAUAGUCAAUAUGUAACACGUAUUACAAUAUUAUAUAAAUAUUUAAUGGUGUAA